AGAUGCUGAACUUAUUCUGCACCGUUGUGCCCGAGGCCGCUCCGUUCUCAAUCAAGAUCGAUGGUGCAUCGACAGUCGAAGAGCUGAAGAAAGCAAUCAAGGAAGAGAUUCAAUACUCUGGAUGCGCUCGACUUCUGAAGUUGUUCGUGGCCUGCAAGGAUGAAAAGUGGAUGAGCAGCGCCGAUGUGAAAUCAACGACUCUCAACGGACUCAACGAAAUGGACUCUACAUACGAGAUUGGCGAUUAUUUCACGUUUGAUCCUCCAAGAAGACAAGUCCAUGUCUUGGUGGUGUUUCCUGCUCCAACGUACUCAAGAAAGUCAGAAGCUAUCGCGAGGAAGCCUCACCCCAAGCGAAAAGCAAGAUGGGAUUUGUUGAACGAGAUUCUCAGUACCAACAAGAAGAGAUCAAAGUACAACGACUCGACCGCAUACUCCUAUGUAUCUUGGUGCGAUGUGCGCGACGUUUUCGAAACGACAGAGUAUGUUCAGCCUCACAAGCCAAUACCUGAAUCACUGCUCAAUUUCCUUGCCCAAUAUUUGUCAUACGCAACGACAAGCUUGAAGCCAAUUACAGUUGGAAACGAAGCUCAACGACUCCAUGUGAUUGCGCCAAUACUGAUCUGUGUCUGCUUCCUUUUCAAUGGUGAUGUGGUUUUGGAAGUUGAAGAAAUCUUGAAUGGCGAUUACGUGCUGGCUCAUGGACGCUUUGAUUUUGUUUUACGUCGCGGCAAGAAGAAGGUGUGCAUCGUUGAAGCGAAAAAAGACGAUUUAUUGCAAGGCAUGGCUCAAGACUUGGUUGGUUGCGAAGUCGAGGCCGAGAUCAAUAAUCUUGAUGUUGUCCAUGGCAUCGUCACGAAUUACGUCCAAUGGAACUUUCUGCGAAGUCUCAACGACAAAAUUGAACUCGAAGAAUGCGCUUUGGAUAUUGGCAAACAAGGACCAUCUUUGGCAUCUCUCAACAAGAUUUGCGGCAAGAUUUAUUCAAUGCUAUCCGACGACGAUUAAAUG